CUGAACUCCAUCGCUUGUCUCGCUACGAGGGAGGAGUCGACUUCCAACAACUACCAUUAUGGCCGCUGCCACUAACAGGCCCCGAGUCUUCCUGGACAUCAGCAUCGGCGAGGAGCCUGCUGGUCGACUCACUAUUGAACUUUUCUCGGAUUAUACACCGAAGACUUGUGAGAACUUUCGACAGUUGUGCACUGGCGAACAUGACGAACUGUCAUACGCCAAGGUUCCAUUCCACCGCGUCAUUGAUGAGUUCAUGGUGCAGGGCGGAGACAUUGCCAAAGGCGAUGGAACUGGUAUCACGAGCAUCUAUGGCGGAGCGUUCGAAGAUGAGUACCUUGACUGGCGAGAAAUGGACGCCGCUGGCUUGGUCUGCUCGGCAAAUCGAGGGAGAGAUACCAAUGGCAGUCAAUUCUUCAUCACGCUAGAGCCAUGCCCGCAUUUGUCUGGAAAACACACAAUCUUUGGACGACUGGUUUCCGGCGAAGAGACGCUAGAGCGGAUAGCCAAGGUCGCAGUCGACAAGAACGACAUGCCAACAGAGCCUGUUCUGGUAUCCAGAUGUGGGGAGCUGGAGAAGAAGCAGAAGCAGAAGCACAAGCAUGAUUCAGUGCGAGACAUUCAGGCACUAGAGUCCCCCGGCGAUGACCGGGGCCGGAGACGAAAGAGCGAUAUCUCGGAUGAUGAGAUGGACACUGGCACCACUCCUCCACGGACAGGUCGGCGGAGCAGACGACAGAGCGACAGCGUGAUUGACGAAGGUCUGCGGGGCAGGCCGAGGGCGCGCUCGAAUUCGCAAUCUGCUUCCAAGGCAAUUGAAGAAGAGGACGAGAGCUCAGACACUUCUGCGACGACGCUGCACAAGCGGAAGCGCAGCCCAUCACCCUCUCGACACAUGGACAGGCGUGAAGAGCAUGCAGACGACACGGAGCGCAGACGGAGAAGUCUUCCCAACCAAUAUCGGGACAGAAACGGCGAUACUGAUCGAUAUCGUCCCAGUCCACGACGCGACGAUCAAAGGCAUGCUGGAAGACGGGACAACAAUCGCUAUCGCCCGUCGCGAGACCAUCAUCCUGACACUGGCAGAUUAGACCACGAUGGCCGACUGGGAGGUGGAGGCUAUGACAGUGGUCAACCCGAUACGCCAGUAAAGUUCAAAGGCCGAGGAGUGAUGAAAUACCGCGAAAACGACAGAGCAUGGUAAUUGUUGAUUUUUCCUUGACGAUUGUAUGAGUUAUGAAGAAGAAAAAGAACACAAGAAGAACACAAGAAGAACACAAAAAGAACACAGGAAGAACACAGGAAGAAGUAGCAUUACCACUCGUCAUAGGAGGUUCUGGGAAACAUACAUGCGGUGUACUUCAAGUUCCGGCUGAAUCUUAUUGGGGUCACCCCGCUUUUCCCGCACGCAAGCAUCCCCGACAUUGAGAUUAAAUCCGUAAGUUUUUAGUCAGAAGGGAACAACACACGAGUAACACGAUGAUGAGAUGAAGGCUGGGGCAGACGGGGCGGAGCGGCAGAAGUCUUUCGGUCUAUCAUUCGACCUUGUAACCGUGCCCAAUUCAAACACAUAGCCGGCAUCCUUUUACCACUGGAACUACUACUAUAUUAAAUCAUUCCGUCCGCUCCCUCACCCAGACCAAUGUCGGCCUCAAGAAGCUCCCCAAGGUAACGAUCAAGUCUAUCUACUUGUCCAUCGCAGCUUAGUGGUUUAACAACAACUACC